AUGACAAUAAUCCGAUGUAUUGAUUGUUCUGAAGAAUGUCCAGGAUAUAAAAUUGAAAAAGGGACAAUACUCAAAAUAAUUGUGCCAUAUGGAACAUAUCCUUAUGAGAUUGAAGUUGAAACAAAUUAUAGUAAUGAACAUAAUUUUCAAGGAAGCAAAUAUUAUAAAUUAGAAAGUGAAUCAAAAGAAGGGAUAUAUCAAUUUAAAAGUUUAAUUUCAAUUAAAAAGUCAGGAGUAUUUAAAAUAAGAAUUAAAGAAAAGAAAGAAAAGAAUAAUAUUAAGACUAUUUAUUUCAAUGUAUAUCCAGAAAUUCAAGUUGGAAAUAAAAAAAUCCCAAUUAAUGGAUUAACAAUUCAAACACAUAUUGUUAAAAUAAUGGGAAAAAUUGAUACAUGGGAAGAGCAUUACAAAACAAUGAAAGAGUGUGGAUAUAAUUGUAUUCAUUUAACACCGAUUCAAAAGAUUGGACCAAGUGGGUCAGCAUAUUCUAUUAGUGAACAUUUAGAUAUAGAAAAUAACAUAUUUAAAGAAGAGAUGAGUAAAGAAGAAAAAUAUCAAAAAAUAGAAGAAAGUAUUUAUCAAUUAAGAAAUAAAUAUGAAAUAGGAAGUAUAAUUGAUAUUGUAUUAAGUCAUAUUUCAUCCAAAUCACCAUUAGUAAUUGAACAUCCAGAAAUAUGUUAUACUAUUGAAAAAUGUCCACAUUUAAAAAUAGGAUAUAAAUUUGAUUCAUUAAUUCAUCAAUGUAUUACAGAUAUUAUUAAUGAUAAUUAUCCAGAAGGAUUAGGUAUAUUUCAUACAGAAAAUGAUGUGUAUAGAUUUAUGGAAUAUUUUAAAGAAAAAUAUAUUAUUCCAGGAGAAUUUUGGUUAUAUUAUGUUAUUGAUGUAAAUAAACAUAAAGAGGAAUAUUUAAAAUAUGAAAAAGAACAUAAAGAAGGAAAAAGAGGAAAAGAAGGAAGUCCAGAAGAAUUAGCUAAAAGACUAGAAAAAUAUGUAAUGGUAGAUGGAAGUUAUGAAAAGAAUCAUAUUCGAAUUAAUAUUGAAAAAGGAUUUGAAGAAGUUCCUAAUCUAGAAGGAUUUAUAAAAGCAAUAGAUGUAUUAAAUGUAGAUAAUUAUAGAAAAUAUGAUGAAGAUAUAAAUGCAGCAAUUCAGAAUUGUACUAAUACAAUUAAAUAUAAAUGUUUUGAUGAGGCAGGACCAAAAAUAGAAAAAGUAAGUAAAGAAGAACAUAUUUUACCAUAUUAUUUUGAAGUAAUAGAUGGGAAAAAUAGUAAAGGAGAAAAAGUUCAUAUAGUUGCAGCACAUCAUGGAUGGGUAUUUGGAGGAGAUCCAUUUUUUGAUUUUGUUGGAGAUAAUAAAUCAAAAGUAUAUAUUAGAAGAGAAGCUGUUGUAUGGGAAGAUUCAUUAAAAUUAAAUUAUGGAAGAAAAUAUGAAGAAAAUAAAUUUCUUUGGGAUUAUAUGGGAGAAUAUGGAAAGUCUAAUGCGAAAAUUUUCAAUGGAUUUAGACUUGAUAAUUGUCAUAGUGUUCCGUUAGAAGCAUUAGAAUUUAUAAUAGAAAAAUCAAGAGAAGUUAAUCCUGAAUUAAUUGUUCUUGCUGAAUUAUUUUCAGAUAAUCAAGCAGCAAUAAUGGAAUAUGUUGUUAGAUGUGGAAUUCAAGGAUUAGUUAGAGAAGGACAAAGAGGAAGAAAUCCUGAAGAAUUAAAAGGAGUUGCAUAUCAAAGUGGAUGGUUUAAACCAGUUGGAGGUAUUUUAGAAGAAAGUCUUUAUGAAGAAUUACCAGCAGAAGUUCAACCAAUGGAUGGAUGGACAUAUGAUUUAACACAUGACAAUGAACCAACCGAAGGGAAUAGAAAUAGUAAUGAUGCUCUUUCAACAGCAGGAGUUGUUUGUAUGACAUUAGGAUGUAUAGGAAGUACAAGAGGAUAUGAUGAAUUAGUUCCAUAUCGAAUUGAUUGUGUUAAAGAAGAAAGGAAAUAUAAAAUAUAUAAAUGGGGAAUAGAAAAUACGGUAGGAAUUUCAGCAGGGAAAAAAAUAAUGAAUGAAUUACAUGAACGGAUGGGAAUUGAAGGAUAUAAUGAAUUUUAUUGUGAGAGUAAUGGAAAUAUAAUUUCAAUAACAAGAAGAAAUCCUAAAACAAAUAAAAUUAUUGUGAUGUAUGUUCAUACUUCAUUUAAAGGAAAUUAUUCAUCAAAUCCAAGUACAAAGGAAUAUAAUAUUCCAAAUUAUCAAAUAGAUAAAUUUCUAUUUUUUGGAGCAUUAACAACAGGAAUGUUAAGUAAUAUGGAAAAUAAUGAAAAAGAAAUUAGUGGAUAUCAAUGUAUUUGUGAUAUUACAAGAGAUUAUAAUAUUGUUAAGAAAUUUGUAGAAAUUAAAAAUAAUAAUAAAGGAGUUGAAAUAAAAUUUGAACAAUUUCCAACAGGUAGUGUUGUAUGUAUUGAAUUAACAUUAAUAAAAACACCAAAAACAAAAUGGGAAAUUCCAAAUGUUCAAUUAACAGCAAGUGAAAUUAAUGAAAUUCUAUUUGAAUCACCAGAAGAAAUGGGUGUUAAUAAAUUUGAAAUAACAGAAGGAAAGUAUUUAAAUUUUAUUGGAAUAGGAGGAAUAAUACCAUUAUUAAGUAAUAAUCUUUCAGAAGGAAUUUAUCAAAAAUUAAGAGAAGGAAUAUUAGAACAUCUUAUACCAUAUUUAACACAAAAUAUGAAAAAGAAUAAAUUAGGAGAAUAUAUUGAAAAAGAAUUACAAGAAAUAAAAGAAUAUCCAAGAUUUUUAAUUCCAAAAUAUUUUACAGCAUUUAUUAAAAAAAUAUAUAAUUUUAUUGUUCAAAGAACAUUUGAAGGACAAUUAAGAACAACAGCACUUCAAUUUUAUGUUAAUUGUAAAGGAACACCACUUAUUAAAGAAGGAUUAAUUCCAGAACAUAUUCAUAUUGAAAAAGAGUCAUUAUGUGCAGGAUUUCCACAUUUUAAUACAGGAUAUAUGAGAAAUUGGGGAAGAGAUACAUUUAUAUCAUUAAGAGGAUUAUUACUUCAAACAGGAAGAUUUACUGAAGCAAAAAAUACAAUUAGAGGAUAUUUAUGUGCUAUGAGACAUGGACUUAUUCCUAAUUUACUUGAUGGAGGAGAUCAUUCACGAUAUAAUGCUAGAGAUGCAACAUGGUUUUGUAUGAGUGGGAUUGUAGAUUAUUGUAGAAUGGCACCACAAGGAAUAGAAAUUUUAAAAGAAACUGUUUAUAGAUUAGAUUCAAGUCAUGAAGGAAUUACAAGAAUUAACAAGAAUAAAAAAAGAGUAAUGACAGUUGCAGAAUGUAUGCAAGAAAUUUUAGAAGAUCAUGCAAAUGGAAUUCAUUUUAGAGAAUAUAAUGCAGGACCACAAAUUGAUUCAGUAAUGACAAGUGAAGGAUUUAAUAUUGACAUUGAAACUGAUUUAAGUACAGGUAUUAUUAAAGGAGGAAAUGAAUGGAAUUGUGGAACAUGGAUGGAUAAAAUGGGAAGUAGUCAACGAGGAGGAAACAUGGGACAUCCAGGAAGUUCUAGAGAUGGAGGAGAUGUUGAAAUUGAAGGAUUAUUAAUGAAAGUAUUACAUUGGAUUAAUACAUCAAAAGCAUUCCCAUAUGAUAGUGUUAAAGUAAAAAUGUAUGGAGAAUAUUCAUAUCAAAAAUGGGAAAAAUUAUUAUAUUCUAAUUUCCAUAAAUAUUUUUAUAUUCCAAAAGAAAUUAAUCAAGAUAAAGAAUAUUGUAUUGAUACUACUAUAGUUAAUAAGAGAGGAAUUUAUAAGGAUGUUUAUGGAAGUACAAAGAAAUGGCCUGAUUAUCAACUAAGACCAAACUUUUUAGUUACAUUAGUUGAAGCACCAAGUUUAUUUGUUGGACAUGAAGAAGAAGUUAAAGAAGCAUUACGGGUUGUAAGAAAAUAUUUAGUAGGACCUCUUGGAAUGAAAACUCUUGAUCCUACUGAUUGGAAUUAUAAACCUGAUUAUUAUAACACUGACACAGAUGACUAUUCUACAGCAAAUGGUUUGAAUUAUCAUAAUGGACCUGAAUGGAUUUGGCCAUAUGGUUAUUAUGUUAUGGCAAUGUUAAUGUAUAAUCCAGAUAACUUGAAUAAAGAUGAUUUACAACGAUAUUGUAGAUCUUUAAUGUUUAAUCAUUAUAAGUAUAUCAUUCAUGAUAAAUGGUUAAGUCUUCCUGAACUAACAAAUUAUAAUGGUGCAAAAUGUUUUGCUUCAUGUGAUUCACAAGCAUGGAGUAUAGCUACAAUUCUUGAUGCCACUAUAAGAAUUGAACAACUCUAA